GGCAGGAGCCGCUGUCCCUUUGCCCCACUGGUUUUUGGGGUCAGAGACUUGUAGGAUCUACAGGAUUUGGGAAAUUUUUGGGGUCAGAGACUUGUAGGGUUUAUAGGAUUGGGACAGGAGCCGCUGUCCCUUUGCCCCACAGGUUUUUGGGGUCGGAGACUUGUAGGGUUUAUAGGAUUUGGGAAAUUUUUGGGGUCAGAGACAUACAGGGUUUAUAGGAUUGGGACAGGAUUCGAUGUCCCUUUCUCCUCUGGCAGUUUUUGAGGUCAGAACUUUGUAGGGUUUAUAGGAUUUGGGAAGGAUCCUGGCAGUUUUUGGGGUCAGAGUUUUGUAGAAUUUCCAGGAUUUGGGAAGGAUCCCGGUAUUUUUUGGGGUCAGAAACUUGUAGGAUCUAUAGGAUUUGGGAAGUUUUUAGGGUCAAAGACAUACAGGGUUUAUAGGAUUGGGGCAGGAGCCGCUCUCCCUUUGCCCCGGCUAUUUUUGGGAUCAGACUUUUGUAGAAUUUCCAGGAUUUAGGAAUAACCCCGGCAUUUUUUAGGGUCAGAAACUUACGGUGUUUAUAGGAUUGUGUCCGGAUCCUCUGUCCCUUUACCCCGGCGGUUUUUGGGGCCGGGGCGGGGCCCCCCCCGUUCCCGAUAAGGUCCGGCUCGGGGACCCGCCCCUCCCGGCCCGAAUAAAUCGCUGAUCUCAUGCCCCGCGCGGCCCCACAGCUUUGGGAUCGGCCCCGGCUUUUGGGAUCGGCUUUAGGAUCGCCCUUAGGAUCGGCUUUAGGAUCGGCUUUGGGAUCAGCUUUAGGAUCAGCUUUAGGAUCGGCUUUAGGAUCGCCUUUAGGAUCCACCCCGCGGCUUUAGGAUCGGCCCCGCUUUUGGGAUCGGCCCCAGGUCCCCGCGGCCAUGACCCCGUACCGGCAGGAGCUGGAGAAAUAUCGCGACAUCGACGAGGACAAAAUCCUGCAGGAGCUGUCCCCGGAGGAGCUGGCGCAGCUGGACGCCGAGCUGGCCGAGAUGGACCCGGAGAACGUGCUGCUGCCAGCGGGGCUGCGACAGCGGGACCAGACCCAGAAGAGCCCCACGGGACCCCUGGACAGGGACGCGCUGCUGCAGCACCUGGAGAGGCAGGCGCUGGAGGCCGAGGAGCGACAGGACCUCGUGCCCUUCACCGGGGAGAAAAAAGGGAAGCCGUUUGUCCCCAAGCGCGUGGCGCCGGAGCUGCCGCGGGAGGAGCAGGUGACGCUGGAGCCGGAGCUGGAGGAGGCGCUGGCCAACGCCACCGAGGCCGAGAUGUGCGACAUCGCCGCCAUCCUGGGCAUGUACACGCUGAUGAGUAACAAGCAGUACUACGACGCCAUCUGCAGCGGGGACAUCUCCAACACCGAGGGCAUCAACAGCGUGGUGCAGCCGGACCGGUACCGCCCAGUCCCCGACGAGCCCCCGAACCCCACGGACGUGGCCGAGACGCUGCAGCGGCUGCAGAACAACGACCCCGAGCUGCAGGACGUCAACCUCAACAACAUCAAGGACAUCCCUGUCCCCACGCUCCAGGCCAUCUGCCAGGCCAUCCAGACCAACAGCCACGUGCGCAGCCUCAGCCUGGUGGGGACGCGCAGCAACGACCUGGUGGCCAACGCCGUGGCCGAGAUGCUGGAGCACAACCGGAGCCUGCAGAGCCUCAACCUCGAGUCCAAUUUCAUCACCAGCGCGGGGAUGCUGCGGCUGCUGGGGGCCGUGGGGCACAGCCCGAGCCUGAGCGAGCUGCGGGUGGACAACCAGUGCCAGCGCCUCGGGGACACGGUGGAGAUGGCCAUGGCCGCCACGCUGGAGCAGUGCCCGUCCCUGCUGCGCCUCGGUUACACCUUCACCCUGCAGGGCCCGCGGGCGCGCGCCGCCGCCGCCCUCACCCGCAACAGCGAGCUCCGUCGCCAACAGAAGAAAUCCUAAAAAAUUCCC